AUGACUGCGCGGCUGACAGCGGCUGCAGAGGAAAUAUUUGCGCUGUUUGAAAAAACGAUAGCGGAAUAUGAGGAGGAACUGCGGCUGUGUAAAGAGAAGCAGAGAAGACAGGAGCAGCUGGAGACUCUGAGGCCGAGAGUGAUGCUGCUCAGAGCGGAAGAAGGUGUCCAGACGCCCUCCCAGAGUCCAGGUCCUGCUCUGAACCUGGGGGCCGAGGUUAAGACCGAGGCUCAGACCGAGGCUCAGACCGAGGCUCAGACCGAGGCUCAGACCGAGGCUCAGACUCAUAUCAAAGAGGAGCCAGAGGAGCAAAGUGUGAAACAGGAGGAGGAGCAGCUGAAAGAGCCUUUCUCAGAGUCCGAUUCUUUGUGCUUAAAGACAGAGUCGUCACUGCUUCAACAAACUGAGCUCCGAGAGGAAAGAUCGGGAGAAGACAUCGGCUCGGUGACUGCGGGAAACUCUUCUAACGGUGAAAACCAUGAAGACUGGAGAUCUCCAUUAUCUUCACCAGAGUCCGAAAUCACAGGCCAAGGAUCCAAGGAUAAGAAACACAUGUGUGAUGUUUGUAAAAAGAGAUUCAUGAGAGCAACCCUGGAGCCACAUCCUGUUGUGGAAGAAGCCAACGUCACCACCCAGGUGUUCACAGCAGACUUCAGAGUGUGUCAUAUUAUAUACGUCGAUGUGUUCUCUGUGUCCUGGUGA